AUGUCCCCCCAACCAACCUCCGUCCCAGCGGCCUCUUCGCCGGCUGAGGACCAUCCCUUUGCCAUCAAGAAGCGACUCGAAAAGAGGUUUCUAUCGUCACACUCGGUCAUUGCUACCCUCGAUGUCGAAUAUAAUGAGCUGUCGCAGUACUGGACGGUGUUCCAGAGACACCUUCCGCCCGCGGACCAGGUCGAUUGCCAUGAACGCUUGCAAAAUUCGAGCGACGUGGUCAACCUCGUGGGCUCCGUCCAGGCCACCUGGAUAGCCAGCGAACGAGAGAGCCACUUCAGCCGAUCUAUGUCGCGUUUGAAGCGCCUCAUCUCGACCCUUGACUAUCACUCCCCCCUAUUGGUGCGUUUGCCCAAGCACGAGUUGUACUUGUCCCUCCUAUACGGGGUCUUCCAGUCCAUCAUCAAGGCGUCGGCGGACUACCCCAGGGUCAUGGAAGGCAUGACCAAGAUCCUCGUCAAAAUCAACAAAUCUGCCAAAGAGGCUUUGCGGAACCAGGAUGUCACUUGGUCGAUCGUCUAUUUCUAUUCGUUGACCUUCUUCACCCUCAGUGAAAUGAUGCGGUGGUACGUGGGCAUGUCCAAAUGCCGACUGUUGAAAAGCCCCAACCAGGACGUCUACCUAUAUUUCAAAACGCUCGUCACCUAUAUUCAGAGUUCCGUCAGACUGAUCGUUCGAGACGCUAUGGACAUCGACGACUGUGGCUCCGAGGCCCAACGCCGCGCCGAUCUCGACCUAGCUUUCUGGGAAGAAACCCGGCUGAGCCAGAUCGGACUGCAGAAACCGGAGCGCAAAUUCGCUGCGGAGCUGGCCAUCGUCAGCCAGCAGAUAUGGGAGAUCCAACAACACCUGGCGGAUAAUCUGACAAUGACCGCGGGCACGAAGGUGCUCCUCAAAUUGAUGAGGGACUCGGCAAGCGGGCUCCUGAGACAAGAGGGCCCGUCGAACGGCGGCAUCACGUGUUUGACCACAGCCGCCACACAGGACAUAGGUAUGCCGGCUGGUCUCCUGGCGCCAGAGCAGUCCGGACUAACAGCUUCGCCCUCCCAAGAUAGUUCGAGGUUCAGCUGGUCCAAGGGGUCCAAGCACAAGUGUACGCGCGUGGGGCUGCAGAUUGCCUCGGCGCACCUCCAGGACUUCUUCGACAGCGACGAUCAGGUGGCCGGAUUGGGUCUCACCAUCCCCGUGGCGGCCGAUGCCAGCCUCGUGGAGCCGCUGAAUCACUGGGCGAGCACGGUGCACUCGCAGGUGCUGGCCGUGUGUGGCUCCCCGUCGAUGGGAUUGUCGAGCCCCGUGGCCGGCAUCUCCGCGUGCUUUGCCGUGUCCGCCCGGGAGGCCCAGAUCCCCGUCAUCUCCCACUUCUGCUCUCUACCCACCGAUCCACGGGACGGGAUGACCCUAUUCGAACAGGGCCUGAUUGCCCUCGCCUACAGUCUCAUCCGACAGUUGAUCGACUUCCUACCGCCGGUGCUGGAGAGUCACGCCGCGUGCGAUCUCGAGAGCGAGCGCUUCGUGCCACUAAAUGGCAAGCUCACGAGCUGGAAGGAGGUGCUGUCCCUGGUCGACGUGCUGCUCUUCUACGCCCCCCCGCUGAUGGUGUGCGUGAUCGACGGCCUGGAUGUGAUUCAGGACGCAUCGACGGAUCAACGUCUCCGGUCUCUGGUACGCACGAUCCUGUCGCACACCCGGCAUGAGAAGGUGGCGGGGCCAGGCGGUCACCGGCAGCGUGUCAUACUCAAAGUGCUAUUCACGGUCGAGGGUCGGCCGGAAUCACUGGUGGAGACGCUCGCUGAGAACCCACUUACUGUCAGCCAGACGGCCCCGAUCGAGACACCGGCCAUCGAUCAGGUCAUGAACUCGGGCGUGGUGAUGAUGAAUGCAUGA